AUGCGUACUACUCCACCUCAUAUGCAUCCUACUCCACCUCUUAUGCAUCCUACUCCACCUCAUAUGCAUACUACUCCACCUAUGUCUGGAUCUUUCACUAGAUUACUAUCCACACCUUCCGGAUACACAUCAUUCCCGUCCAUAUCCCCGACAACUUUUAUUAGUCCUACUGGAUACACACUAUAUUUUUCUACUAUACCCAGUACAUAUUUUCCUAUGCCUUCCAUGCAGUCGAGUGGAUCCAUUCAUAUGGAGCUAGGUAGAUCUAGCAUGCCCCGACCCAUGCCUUCCAAGGAUGAUCAUGGAGAUACCAUUACUCCCGGAGAUUCCAGUGCUCUUGGAGAAACCAAUGCUCAAGAAGAUACAAGUUCUACUGAGGGGAAAACAAGGACGGAGCACAUCUUGAAGAGAAAUGAGCCACAAAAAGAGGAGUUUGAUAGACAACUUGCCAUACAGUUGUCAGAGCAUCCUGAACUUGAACCGCCACCGGGAUAUCCAUUUGAUCUUGUUGUGGGUUUUCAGACAUGA